AUGCACAUUCAACUGACAAUGUCAAGUGUCUUCAAGGAUUUGUUAAAGACACCGCAGUUUGUUUAUAAGUAUCCCUCAAAGAUAAAUGAGAGACAGUUGAAAAGCCUCGAGCGCAACAUAGCCAAGAAAUACGUAAGAGAGAAAUAUUCCAGGAACCUAUCUGAGCACAACGCUUUCUGUUUAUUUCAGUGGGAGAAGCCAAUAACAAAGGAUGAAUGGUUCAAUAAAGAAUAUUUUUGGAAUGAAUUUGUCAAAAACAAGUAUAAUGCAUCGAUCAGAUCCUUUUUCGACGAAACUGCUGUAAGUAAGUCAAUGUUCGCUGCAAGCCUGAAAUUGAAUUUAUUUUCUCGACGAAAUGGAGUAAAACAGGCCAGUUUAAUGUGUGUUUUCCAAACUAUAAGGAAUCUGGAUACAGUUCAAUCGAUAAUUGAAGGCACUACUUCCACCAACUGCUCUUACAACUUAAACCUACACAGUCUAGGUCUAAGGAUCAACAUGCAAGGUUCAUCAGGUGCUAAUGUAACCGAGUAUUUGGGUGCUCUAGUGGAAGAGUCGGCUAAUAUGUAUAAAAAUCUCAACUAUGAGAAGUUCUUAGAAAUUGCCAAAAUCAAUAAGGAAAAUCGAACAAAUUCGAAGCGAUUAGUUGCACAGAACCUAUUAGCCCAAAUUGCAGAGUGUCAAUUGACAAACCCGCUGAUUUCAAGGGAUAAAAAGUGGUUGGUCUUCACUAAAGAUAUUGUAUCUAAAGAUAGCUAG